CGGGAGGCUGCGGCCAUUCUCAUGGUCCUCCCGGCCAGACCGGCAAUUGCGGUUAAAACCUGCAGCUCUCCCCGCCUCCUUCGUCUCCGGCUUUCCCGGCCAGCUUUCUGUCCCCUCUCUCUCGCCGUAGCGGACGCUUUGUGUCAAUUUCCUGGCUUCAGUUACUUUUGUGUCAAUGGGGAGCUGAGCAGUAGGAGAGGAUGAGCAGGUGGUCCAGGUGGCUGCGGCUUUGCUAGCGCCCAAAGGCGAGCGGAGGGAGGGCGAGGGGGGACUGGGAGGAAGAGGUGGAAGAAGAAGGUUGGGGCGCCCAGCCUGCUCGCCUGCCUGCUCUCUGCCCGCUUUUGUUUCCCAACCACUGCCCCGGGCUGCACUCGAGUCCCAGCUGCCCGCUCCUCCUCCUUCCGCGAGCCUGGCUGGGCGGCUCUCCGGGCUCCCCGCCGUGAGCCCCGGUAAAGGCAGAACCAGGAGCGGGGGAGAGGAGGCAGCGCUACCAACAUGGCUGAAAUCAGCAUCGACCAGUCCAAGCUUCCCGGAGUGAAAGAAGUUUGCCGGGACUUUGCUGUGUUAGAGGACCACACGCUGGCGCACAAUCUCCAAGAACAAGAAAUCGAACAUCACUUGGCGUCCAACGUGCAGCGAAACCGCCUGGUUCAGUAUGAUCUGCAGGUGGCCAAGCAGCUCCAGGAAGAGGAGGACCUGAAGGCCCGAGCCCAGAUCCAGAAACGCUACAAAGACCUGGAACAGCAGGACUGCGAAAUUGCUCAGGAAAUCCAAGUGAAGCUGGUCAUUGAGGCUGAACGCAGGCGCCUUCAAGAGGAGAAGGAUGAGGACAUUGCGCGUCUGUUGCAAGAGAGAGAGUUACAAGAAGAGAAAAGGCGAAAGAAGCGCUCCCCAGAGUCCUCAGGGCCCAACGCUUAUGAUGACAACUACUACCUGGCCAAUGGAGACCCUCCAAGGUCAAGGAGGAACAGGGAGCUGGGUUCUGAACCCCCAAAGUCUCGAAGGCACCCAGAAGACAGGCCUGUGAGGCGCAGGAAGGACCGACCUAACAGGCCCUCAGAAGACAUGGAGGAAUGCAAGCAACAGUACUUCGUGGAGAAUUCUGUGUCAUCCCUCAGGCUUAGCAAGACAAGGGACGAAUCCCAGCCUAGCUGGGAACCCCAGGAAAGGAAGCCCUCUGGCCAUGAGAGACUCCCCAAAUCUCCCCUUCCCAAGAUCAGUGGGGAGGUUUUUCUGAGCACCGAGUCUGAUGAUUGGGACUACAACGUUGGCCAUGGCUCUGUGAGGCAUGCUGACGGCCCUCGAACCCAACACCAAGACCGACUCUCGCCUAAGUGGUCCCAGAAGCCAGGGUCUCAUAGGAAAGAAGAAAGGCAUAAGAGAGACCAUGGGAUGGGGGAAUCGAGAGAUAAAGGGGAAGGUCACAGGACCAGGAUGCCUCUCUCUUCCCAGAGUGAGGACAGGCACUAUUUCAAUGAAACAGGAAUGAAGCCGAGGGGAACAAAAGAAGCCAUCCAUACACAGGCGCGCGUGACCCACAGGGACCAGGAAUUGUAUGAUGCAGAAAUUGCCAGGAAGCUUCAGGAAGAAGAACUCAUGGCUAAUCAGGUGGACAAGAGAGCAGCCCAAGUAGCACAGGAUGAGGAGAUUGCCCGAAUGCUCAUGGCUGAAGAGAAGAAAGCCUACAAGAAGGCAAAGGAACGUGAGAAGUCCUCCUUGGAAAAGAGGAAGCAGGACCCAGACUGGAAGUCCAAAACAACAGGCAACAAGGCAAAGUCAAGAGAGACCCAUGAAACUCCCUGGUCUAAGAGUGAGAAGCCAGCCCGGCCUCCACCCCCAACCUUGAUGGACGCUGAGGACUCCGACUACACGCAUUUCACAAACCAGCAUAGUUCCGCACGGCCAUUUUCCAAAUCUGAGUCAUCUCAUAAAGGUCACCGUUCCAAGCAGUAAAGACAGAGAAUGGACGUUGAAUGUGACUCCUGUAGUCAAAUGUUACUGGAUUCUAUCGAUGCCUUCCUUAUUUUGUUUUGUUUUGUUUUGGUUUUUUUUCUAAUUCACAUUGCCAGACUUUCUCCUCUCAAUGCCCCUCUAGCCAUUCAAAGUAUUUGUUCAUUUCAAAGGUUCUAAUUCCCAACUCGCUUGGGCAGUAUGAUAAUCUGAAGAGCUGUGCUACUGCCUCAAUGCAGCUGCGUCCUGGGGGCGAGGGGUCAGUUUCAGAGAUCCUUGAAAUCCCAUUUGGGUCCACACUAGCAGAGGGAAGAGUAGGCUUUGAUGCCCCAAAAUUUUAUUGAAGGAGGCCUUGGCUGCAGCCACACAGAUAAAACUCCUGAAGAAAUCAUUUCAGUUAUUUUUGCACUGGAUGACAUUGUGAGAGAUGAUGUUUUACUCUGGUCUGCAAGAAGCUGCAUCUCCUUCAUGAAGUAUAGAACAAACCAAAAAAGCAUAACAUCCAAAGGGACAAAAGGACAAAUGAAUUGUCUAAUGGCACAAUCGGAAUCUUUCCCUCUGGAAUAACAGAAAGCAGAGAAAUUCAUGCUAUGUAUAUAACCCCAGUUCUAGCCCAAUAGGAAAAAUCCACAGAGCUCCAAUCCUAACCCGGGUUCCCGGGACAUCACUUCCUAAAGAAUUGAGCUUGGUGUAUUCUUUGUGGGCAGAGCUCAAGCCCCUUGGAUUUGCUAGCCCUUACACAGACCGUACAAACCAUGCAUUA